UAUCCCCCAAAAUUUCAAAAAACUCUGCGUUCCCUUCCUGCCGCCGCAGCCCUACCUAUUGGAAGAAAUCUUCCCUACUCAAAUUCUCCACCAAAAAUGCGUCCAGCAUCCGUCGACGCUGCUGUAUAGGUCAUUUUUUCAGUUAUUUGGUGUUGAGUCAAAACGUAAGAUUCUCAGUAUGGAAGACCAAAGGAGGCGUACCCUGGAAGCUCUAGAGAGACGAUUUGCUCAACACAAGAGCAAGAAAAGGCCAGCUGAAGAUAAGAAAACAUUUUUUGUAUCUUUGCCUGUCAAUAAGCCCCUCUCCAUAUCUUCAUCUAAAAAAGAUACAGAAGUAAAUGAGCCUGCCUACUUGAAGCUUUCUCACUCUGUUCAUGAAAACUUGCUACCAAAUGGUGUACAAGUUUCUGAAGGUUGUAUUCUUGAAUGCAGGAAAGAACAGUUGGCUCAGUGCUUCCUUAAUGUCGACCUACACGGUGCAAUCAUUUUAGUUGUUCGGUGUAAAACUGCUGCCUACGUUGGGUUACGUGGCAUCAUGGUUCGAGAAACUAAAGAAACAUUUGGAAUUGUUUCUCAGGACAGCAAAUUCAAAGUGGUGCCCAAAAAAAUUUCUGUUUUUAUGCUCGAAGCAAAUCACUGGAAGAUUACACUACAUGGAGAUAAACUUGUAUCCAGAAACUUGGUUCAAUAAUUUUUAUUAUGAGUGAGUUCUCCAUUUUAAUGUUUUUGAGUGAAAUAACACAGUUAGAGCCUCAAUACUUGUGUUGAACACCUAAAAUUCUUUGUACAAUCAGGAUGAGGAGAACUUGGCCGGAGAAACCUCAAAGCUGGGAAGAUUGUCCUCUACAUAACGAGGGUAAUGAUGACAACGAUGACGAGGAUGUUGUCCAGUUCAUAUCGGUCGACCACAUGUGUGGCGAUGAGCAGAUUUUUUCUUCGUACUCCGAGGAGCUGAUCCGGGAACAUGGUCGACCAAUCAGGGAGCUCAUUGUCGACAAUUUCAGCAUCAUUACCCACACAUGUGGUCGACCAAUAUGAACUGGACAACAUCCUCGUCAUCGUCUUCAUCAUUACCCUCGUUAUGUAGAGGACAAUCUUCCCAGCUUUGAGGUGUCUGGGCUUAUGCUACUCCGGUUAAGUUCUCCUCACCCUGAUUGGCGGCUGAUCCGUCGAUGUUCUCCCCUGAUAUAGCCAAGUUAUAAAGCUGAUCCAGUAGAUAUAAUUCUGUUAAUAUUCUUACUUUAUGCAAUUGUUUAUUUCAAAGAAUUUUUUGGUAACUUCCAAAUAAUUAGAAUCAAGCCUUUUGAAAUAAAUGUGAAUGAUCCAUAUUUCAGUUAUACUAUGAUUUAUAAGAAUAGCUUGGACUUUUUCA